AUGGAGCAGACCAUGCCUCUCACUAACGACCUGAGCAGCUUGUCUGCUGCUCCUACUGGAAGGACGAAUGGCACCACGACACCACAGGUCAAAACUACGCACAACGCUGAGGUCUUGGCAGAUCUCGAAAGGAUAUGGCAAUGGAACGGCUCAGUCCCGGCGCCAAUCCAAGGCUGUGUUCAUGACAUCAUACAUGACAUAGCUAGAACCCAGCCUGAAGCCACGGCCGUCUGCGCGUGGGAUGGAAAACUGACAUACUCUCAGCUUGACGCUUUAGCUCAUGAGAUUGCUCAUAGACUGGUCGGUUUGGGUUGCAUCCAGAGAUCCAACGUACCCAUUCUCUUCUCUAAGUCAAAAUGGACCUGCGUCGCCAUGCUAGGAGUAAUCAAGGCAGGCUGCCGCGCAAUCGCUCUAGAUGCAACACAGCCGGACAUUAGGCUACACUCAAUCGUACAGCAGGCCAAUCCUACAGCGAUUCUCUCUUCGGCAAACCAUCGCUAUCGAGCUUCCCAGCUGGCCAAUGUUGCGAUACUGCAGCUGGACGACUUGCUAUGGGAUGCCUUACGCCAAGCCGCCGAAGCCAGACCUCCACUGCCCAUCGUUCAGCCUGACGAUCUUGUCUACAUUUCGUUUACGUCUGGUACGACAGGGCAACCGAAAGGUGCCUGUAUCAGUCACUCUAAUGUUAGCAGCGCUGUUCACUAUCAAGGUCGGAAGCUCGGGUUCCAUCCUGGCUGCCGCGUUUUCGACUUUGCGCCUUACUCCUUUGACGUCGCCUGGAGCAACUUCCUCCAUACGCUGUGCGCUGGUGGCUGCCUAUGCAUUGCGUCCGAGGACGAUAUGCUAGUGGAUCUCUAUUCGUCUAUUGCCCAUUUCAAGGCAACAUUGGUCAAUGUUACGCCGACCGUCCUGCGUACCUUGGCCAAGAUCCCUCCUAGUUUAGAAACGGUCCUCUUGAGUGGUGAGAUGCCCUAUCUGGAUAACAUUACACAAUGGGCUGGGCAUGUAAGACUUCUCAAUACAUAUGGACCGACUGAAUGUACUUUCAAGAGUGCGUUCUCGAAGCUCGACCCGACACAGGAGGGUCGCCCAGAUAUCGGCAAGGGUGUUGGCUUUGCUACAUGGGUCGUUGAUCCCAGCAACGAUCAGAAUCUAGUGUCUAUCGGUUCAGUGGGCGAACUGUACCUGGAGGGACCAUUGGUCGGGCACGGAUAUCUAUCAGACCCUGCGAAGACGGCGUCGGUAUUUAUCGAAGACCCACCCUGGCUCUUGGAGGGCAGUUCAAAGAUUCCCGGCAGGCAUGGCAGGCUCUACAAGACGGGGGAUCUCGUCAAGUAUAAACCCGAUGGUUCUCUCCUCUUCGUCAGUCGCAAGGAUGCCGACCAACACAAGAUCAGGGGACAAAGACUUGAGCUUGGAGACGUCGAACAUCACGCACGGGCCUGCUUGGAGGAGACGCCACCAGCCAUCUCAGUCAUUGCGGACGUGGUAUGUCCGAAAAACAGCGACAGCAAUUCUCUGGCUCUGUUUGUCGUGGUUGAAAACGAAGAUAUCACGCGGGUCAAGGAUGUUAUGGACGGCCUUGCGGCGAAGAUGCGACAAGUCUUACCGGCGUUCAUGAUUCCUACUGUCUAUCUCCCCAUUCACGAUGUCCCAGUCGGUCCUACGGGAAAGGUAGAUCGUCACCGUCUUCGCGAGAUAGCGGCUACCUUGACAUGGAAUGAGUUGAUAGAUUUACAAUCCACCAUCCUAUCCAACACCGAAUUCGACGCGCCCUCCAACAAGAACGAAGUAGCGCUGAGCCAAGUGUGGGGGGAAGUAUUGGAUCUCAAUGUGGCGGCCAUCAGUACUUUCGACAGUUUUCUGAGGCUCGGAGGUGAUUCAAUAGCAGCGAUGCGAGUAGUCGCUGAGGCCCGCACCAGAGGCCUUUCUUUGACUGUUGCGGAUCUCUUCAGGACCCCAGUGCUCAGGGAUUUGGCUCGGGCUGCAGAUUUGAAUACGGUGCCUCCUGAGUACCCAAUGGUCGAACCUUUUGCUUUGCUCACGGGGGUAAGCGAGCAUUCUACUCUCCGUGAGUUUGCGGCGAGCUUGUGCGGUGCGGAACCGGGCGAGGUUCAAGACAUCUACCCCUGCACACCCUUACAGGAGGGCAUGCUCGCCACGACAGCGGCACAAUCGCCAUCUCGAUUCCAUGGUGGUACAGGCUCAUCGCGCUCUGAGAUGUACGUGUCGAGCACGGCCUUUCAACUGCCCGGACAUAUUGAUGUGGCACGACUCGAAAACGCCUGGUCAAGAACUCUAGAAGGCGCGGCGAUUCUUCGCACGCAAAUAAUCAAUCUCCCCGGGCACGGACUUGUCCAAGUUGUCUUGGCCCGUCAGCCAACUUUACGUAGCCAUGAAACCAUCGAUGACUUCGCGAACGAGGCGAAACCCAUGGGGCUUGGUACGCCGCUAUGCCGAGCAGGUCUCGUCACCUCUCGUCCAGGAUAUUUCGUCCUGGAAAUGCAUCAUGCAAUUUUUGAUGGCUGGUCUACAUGUCUCAUUCUUGAGACUUUGGAGGGUUUCUACAAUGGCGAGCAGGGAAUGAUUCGACAUUUCAGCCCGUUUCAAUCGUUCAUCAAGCACGUCUUAGCUACCAAGAACUCGAAAACAGAGGGCUUCUGGCUACGUCAGCUCCAAGGCUCUGAAGCACCUACCUUUCCGUCUCCUAAUUAUCGUCCUGGCAAAAGCCUGGACGUCACUCGUUCGAUCCGCAAUCUUCAGUGGCCUCAGGCAGAAACGACAGCGUCUACCACUGUGCAUGUGGCUCUGUCUCUACUUCUUGCGGUUUACACCAACUCUUCCGACAUCAAAUAUGGUGCGACUGUGAGCGGCCGGGGCGCGGCUGUGCCCGGAAUAGAGAACAUCGCAGCACCCACUAUUGCUACUAUUCCUAUACGAGUCAAACUCGACUGGAACCAGACUCUGCAGGCCUUCCAGAAGGAAUUGCAGCAGAGGAUGGUGGACAUUACCGAGCACGAACAAUUUGGUCUUCAGAACAUCCAGCGUAUCAAUGAAGACGUCAAAGAAGCCAGCCAGUUUCAGUUACUGUUAGUCGUUCAGCCACCUCAGCGGAACUCAAACCCAAACCCAAACUCAGAGACAUGUAGUCUCUUUGGGCAGUCAAGGGCUAUUUUGUACGCAGCGGACGGUGAAACUUCACAUGUGGAAGGGGAGCUGGCCAACGGUCAGCGUACAGCGGUUACCUUAGUGGCGAAGGAUGGGCAGACCGACAGCGUGGGAAUGCACAACUCGUAUGCCAUGAUGAUAAUUUGCCAGCUGGAAACGGAUGGACUCACCCUCAACGUCAAUUUUGAUUCUGGCGCCAUUGACCAGAAGUCGGUUCAACGAUUUGCCGCGCAAUUCGAACACUUACUGCGAAAGCUGUGCGCUGCAACUCCAGCCGGUAUUGCCAAGCUCGGCGACAUGUCUUUCGUCGACGACACUGAUCUGGCGCAGAUCUGGCAAUGGAACAAGGUGCUGCCUGAUCCUCUCGUAGACUCCGUGGCUAGUAUGGUGAACAGCAAGAUUGCCGCUAAUCCGCAGGCGCUCGCCAUCUCGGCAUGGGAUGCUGAGUUGACAUACCAAAAGCUCAACGAACUAACCAUGACCUUGGCGGGCAGCCUGUACAGUAAAGGGGCUCGUGCAGGUUCUGUUGUUGUUUUGAGCCUCGAAAACUCCUCAUGGAUGGUGGUUGGUUUGCUGUCUGCUUUCAAGAUUGGAGCCAUUGUUGUUCCACUUUCAGCACCAACCUCGAACCAACGCGCCAAGGACAUUGUCGGGGCCUUGCGGCCUUUCUUGGUGGUCACAUCGGACCAGCCUAGCAACUCUUCUUUCAGGCCCUUGGUAUCUACAUUCUCCAUAUCGGAGAUGAUACGAGAUCCAUAUCAGAAUUAUGUCUCCGACACCCCAUUUCAUGCCAAUCACCCGUCAGAUGCUGCCUUAAUACUAUCUACUUCUGGUUCCACGGGAGUUCCGAAGUCAAUUCUCUGGAGUCACAGUAACCUGUCGAGCAAUGUCCACGCACAUGCCGCCUCACUGGACAUUGACUCUGCAUCUAGGGUGUUUCAAUUCGCAGGCUAUGACUUCGAUGUGAGCAUCGUGGAGGCCCUAUCAACACUAUGCGCAGGAGGAUGCCUGUGUAUACCAUCAGAAUCAGAUCGUAUCAACCGCCUCACUGACGCCAUCCGCGACUCCAAUGCUAACUGGUUGUGUCUGACACCAUCAGUGGCUGAGACCAUCAAAGAUCCACGCCAGAUUCCUGCCAUCACCACGCUUGUGCUGACGGGAGAGAAGCUACCGCUAAGGACGGCGUCAAAGUGGGCCGAGCAUGUAGAGAAUGUGUUCAACUGGUACGGGCCAGCGGAAGCUUCGGUGGCGACUACGUGUUUGGUGAGAAAACACACAUGGAAACCUGGGAUGAUCGGGAGGAGCGGUGGCAUGACAGUCACCUGGCUGGCCAGGCCCGCGAAUCCCGACCAGCUAGCCCCAAUCGGAGCAAUAGCAGAGCUUUGCUUGGAAGGGCCAGUCACCGCCAGCUACACAGGUUGUACCGAAGACGUCUUGUUCCGAAACGAGCGAGCCUUCUAUACUCCUUCGUGGAUAUCAAAAGGACAUGGGGAUGUACCGGGACGCAAUCGUCGAGUUUACCGAACUGGCGAUCUUGUCAAGUACGAUUCUGACGGCAAUCUGAUCUUGCUUGGCCGAAAGCAAGACUCUCAGAGAAAGCUGCGAGGGCAGCGAAUCAACCUCGAAGACGUGGAGGCUUCUGUCCAGGCAUUCUUGGAGGACAAGCUACAGCUGAAUGUAGUAGUCGAAAUAUGCACUCCAGGCAACGGCAGCGUGGAGACACUAGUGCUAUUUGUCAGUCUCCCAGAUAUGCUGGUCGAUGCUUCCACGACAGGAGGACUCGAGAAUGUUACUGAGUUUGUCAGACUCUCGUUUCCCGCCGAAGCACUUGAGGAGUAUCUCUUCGAACGCCUGCCGUCAUACAUGGUCCCAAAGGUCUAUAUCCCAAUCGACAAGAUCCCAAUUACCCCAACGGGCAAGACGGAUCGGCGGCAAUUGCGCCGUAUAGGACGUUUGUUCACGUAUGAACAGUUGGCCGCGAUACAGCCUUUACGCCAGGAAGGCAGAAAGCCCACGACGGCCAUGGAAAAGCUCCUGCAGCAGCUCUGGGCCGAGACAAUAGGGAUGGAACAGAACGCCAUAUGUGCCAACCACAACUUCUUCCGGUUGGGAGGAGACUCGGUGACUGCCAUGCGACUGGUAGCAUUGACACGUCAGCAGGGAUUACUACUGACUGUCAAGACGAUAUUUGAUGCGCCUCAGUUGGAGGAAAUGGCCAAAAGAGUCACACAAGAGAGCAACAGCAAUACUGACCGUAGUUCCAUACGGGAAGUCUCUCCGUUCUCACUUUUAAACGGUAGUCGCGAUGAGGCCGAUGUACGAUCUAUCGCGGCGCAGCUGUGCAAGGUUCCAGAGGCCCGCAUUGAGGAUAUGUAUCCAUGUACAGCUCUUCAAGAGGGCCUGCUGGCCCUGGGUGUCAAGAGGCCCGGUCAGUACAUCUCGCGCAGUGUCCUGACUCUUCAGGCUGGAAUCGAAGUGGAGCAGCUGAAAAGCGCCUGGUUGGCCACAGUCAAGAAGAUAGCACUAUUAAGAACCCGCAUAGUCGACAUCCCCCGGCAGGGAUUUGUCCAGGUCGUCCUCGAUGCCCUCCCACUCCAGGCCUUCUUGGAUACAGAUCUGAAAUUGAAAGACUACGUCCGCCAGGAUGAGCAGGAACCCAUGGGCCCCGGAACAGACUUGUGCCGCGUCGCCAUCAUUGGGAGGAACUUCGUCCUCACAAUUCAUCACUGUACUUAUGACGGCAACACUCUACGAAUGAUGCUCGGAGAGCUAGAGUCUCAAUAUUGUAGCCAGUCUGGAAGGCCAGUUACCCCAUUCAAGAACUUCAUCAAGCACGUUGCAACCGUGGAUCCACAAGAGGCUUCCGACUUCUGGAGACGAUACCUUGCGAGCGCAGAGCCGAGACAAUUUCCUGUACUCCCUUCGGGAUUUUACGAGCCGCAGGCCAAUGAAGAUGUGGCGUGCAGCAUCUCCGUAGACUGGCCACGCCUUGGAGUAACUCCUUCCUCUAUCUUGCGUUCGGCUUGGGCUCUGCUGGCUACGCAAUAUACAUCAACCGACCAGGUCAUGUUUGCAAUCACAGUCGACGGAAGACAGGUCGACAUGCCAGGUAUUGAGAACUGUACUGGGCCAACUAUAUCGACGAUGCCCGUGGUCGUCUCAGUCGACCGGGACGAAACGACGGCAGAGUACAUGGCCCGACUGCAGCGCGAGAUGGUGCAGAGAACUCGCUACGAGCAGUACGGUCUGCAGAACCUGCGGCCGCCACGUGGCACCUUGGAUCCUCGACUGUUGCAAACAUUGUUUGUGGUACAGCCAGUGUCCGAGGGUAAACACAGCCUCGACAAAGACGGCUACUUGUUCAAGGCGCGUACCUUUGCGUCCAACAGAGACACCCUAGGCGUUGACCCUUUCAACACCUACGCCCUGAUGGUGGUAUGCGAGCUCGCAACGUCCGGCUUUCGUCUGCGCCUGAGCUUUGACAAUAACAUCCUCGAAGCGGAGCAGGUCCGCCGCAUAACCCGUCAGUUCGAGACCAUUGUCCACCAGCUCUGCUCUGAGGCCUGCAGCACGAUGAAGGUCGGAACCAUCCGGACCACUAGUGACCAAGAUCUGGCCGCCGUCUGGUCUCAGAACGCAAACCUACCGCCGGAUCCAGAUCGGACAGUUGUUGACAUCUUCAGACAAGUGGUGCGCGAGGAACCAACCAAAAUAGCUAUCGAUGCCUGGGACGGCCAGUUUACCUACCAGCAGGUCAACCAACUCUCCACAGUCAUGGCCCAUAGUCUGGUCAGGAAAGGGGUACCCAAGGGCUCAGUUGUGUGUCUGCACUUUGAGAAGUCAAGAUGGGUACCCGUUGUGCAGCUCGCCAUAUUCAAAGCUGGCGCCGCGGACGUGAUGCUGUCGAUCUCAGUACCAGACCUGCGCGUUGCCAGAGUCUUUGCGAACCUCGGCGUCAAGUUUGCCGUUGCCACAGACUCACGAGUGGCGGUGGUUGGCCAGUACGCCCUAGGAUUCACCGUGGGCGAUCUUUUGCAAGAGACGCAGACUGUUGUGGACCUUCCAGCUUUGCCAACUCUUGACAUGGGUGACGCCGCUGCCAUCCUCGUCUCGUCAGGCAGCACAGGGGAGCCGAAGCAGGUACUCUGGAGCCAUAGAGGCAUAACGGCGAACGUGCAGGCGCAUGGCGAGUACCUAGGCGUAAGUAAAUCGUCGCGCAUCUUUCAGUUUGCGUCGUAUGAUUUCGACGUGGCCACUAUCGAGUCGAUGUCGGCUCUGGUGCACGGUGCUACGCUCUGUAUUCCGUCUGAGACAGAGCGCCUCAACGGCACCGUCGCCGCCAUAAAUCGCUUCGCCAUAAGCUUCAUCAACAUCACGCCGUCGACGGCUCGGGCGGUUGAUCCUGACGAUGUACCAACCAUCGAGACCCUCGUGCUGUCCGGUGAGAACCUGCUGCAGCGCGACGUCGACCGUUGGAAGGAAAGAGAUCUGACGGUUCUCAACUGGUAUGGAGCGGCCGAGCACCCAUCCACCGUUUGUCGAGCCGAUACCGAUUCGUGGUACAGCGGCGUCAUAGGCUCGCUUGACUCUAGGCAGCCGACGCUGACCUGGCUGGUAGACCUCGAGAACCCCAACAGACUCGUACCGCUGGGGGCCGUCGGCGAGAUUGCCUCUGAGGGUCCUCUGAGUUCGGAUGGUUACGUCGCCAACCCUACGUUGCAGGUCCGACGGUUCCGCUCCGAUCCAUCAUUCCUUAUCUUUGGCCGUGGUAGUGCUGGCCCAGGAGAGAACGGUAGGCGAGGCGUAAUCUUUUGCUCCGGCGACCUGGGCCGUUACGACAGCAAGGGCCAGCUAGUAUACAUGGGCCGCAAAGACGCCCAGGUCAAGAUCCGCGGUCAGCUUGUUGCGCCUGAGGAAGUACAGCACCAGAUACGCUCCCACAUGAUGCAGAAGAGCAAAGAGCGGGGGGAGGGAGAAGACAUCUCGGUCGUAGUCGAUGCCAUACAGCCCAACAAGCACAACUCCAGCCAGACACUCGUGGGGUUUUUGAACGUGGCCACCGAAGAUGAGGUGCAGCUGGUGACGACAGGACUGAAUGAGAAACUCAAGAGAGUGCUGCCGCCUUAUGCCAUUCCCGCCUAUUACAUCCCCGUCAAGGAAUUCCCUACCAACGCCUCUGCCAAGAUCGAUCGACGCCGGCUCCGCGAAAUUGGCGCUGCCUAUGAACCGUGGUCGAGGCAGUCGCCAUCGAACAAUACUGGAUCGAUUGGCCCCAAUGGACUGACAACCACAGCCCAGAGAGCGCUACGACAACUAUGGUGUGAGGCCCUAGGUAUCAGCGCAGAUGACAUCUUCGGCAAUGACAGUUUUCUGCAAUACGGCGACUCCAUCUCAGCGAUGAGACUGUCCGGCUUGGCCAGACAACAGGGCUUGCUUCUCACAGUGACUGACAUUUUCCGCCACCCGACAUUGGAGGAUAUGGCAAAGGUCCUAAGUAACUUGGAUAGUGAAGGAAAGGACGAAGAAGACGACACCGGAAGCCCGUUCGCGCUUGUUGUGGGACGAGGUCAGGAGUCUGAAGUCCAAGUUUUGCGCGAGCAGGCAGCAUCUGCUUGUUGUGUUGGCAUCGACGAGAUACACGACGUGUUCCCCUGCACGCCGUUGCAGGAAGGUCUACUCGCCCUGACUAUGAGAAGGGAAGGGGAUUACGUGGGCAACACGAUUCUUCAGCUGAGCCCGGGUGUGGAUCUGGCGAAGUUCGCUCGAGCAUGGAACACCGUUGUUUCCACCUUUAGCAUCUUACGCACUCGUAUCAUUGACCUACCAGGGCAUGGUCUAGUACAGGUGCUACUACGGGGACUGGUGGAUGAGAGUCACAUCAAAGCUGAAAGCAUUAGAGAUUACCUGGAGAGGCAGAAAGCACUUCCCAUUGGCCUCGGUUCGCCGCUCAUGAGGUACGGUCUUUUUAGCGACAACACCGUCGGAGUCAUGUCACCCUUGGCGAAGUCGGAGUUCAUGCUAGCAUCAUCGGAAGGGAGCAGCAGCCAAGAUGAGAAACACGGAAUCAGCUGCAAGUUUUUGCAGCAUUUUGCAAUAACACUGCACCACUCUAUAUAUGACGGGCUUACGAUGCCCCUGAUCCUCGAAAGCCUGGAAGCUGUCUACAAUGGCACAACACCGCUGCGCCACCGUCCCUUCCAGGCAUUUGUCAAGUACAUCAGCAGCCGCAACAAGACGGCCGAGGUUGACUUCUGGAGAGCCCAUUUCCAAGAUCUACAAGCAGGCCAGUUCCCCAUCCUGCCCUCUUCCACAUAUCAACCACGAACCGACUCAACCCUAAUGCACAUGGUGGAAGAUGUCGGAUGGCGCAAAGACAAUAUCACUCCAUCUACAGUGGUACGUGCGGCGCUGGCGCUACUUCUUUUCACCAGCCAGUCUGCGACGUCUGCGGCAGCCGCCAGCGACGUUUUGUUCGGUGAAGUCGUCGCUGGGCGCCAGGUGCCCAUGCCCGGCAUCGAGCGGCUAGUUGGCCCAACCAUCGCCACCGUCCCCGUCAGAGUCCGAGUUGAUCGACAGGUCAACAGCACGGAGUUUCUUUCGGCUCUCCAGCUCAACGCCAUUGAAAGAGUUCCUUAUGAACAGACGGGGCUGUCCCGAAUCCGCCAAAUCAGCGACAAGGCGAGGCAAGCAUGCGAAUUUCAGACGUUACUAGUUGUGCAGAUGCCCGAGGAAGAAGGAGAAGUACGAGAAGGUUCCCUAUUCAAAGGCGAGGUACGCCGUCGAGGUGCGGAGCACGAUGCGCGCUACCACGGAUUCCAGACCUACCCGCUCUCGCUAAUCUGCACACCCGACACCCGGAAGGAUCAAUUGCACGUAAGAAUAUGCUUCGACUCAGCCGUCAUAGCACAGGAGGAGGUUGCGAGGACAGCACAGAACUUGGAGCUGCUUUUGCGGCGUCUUUGCUCUCCCGACCUCUAUGGCGCAUCUUUGGGUCAGAUCACCUCAACGCGGGAGCAGGACCUGACGCAGAUCUGGAAAUGGAACGCUGAGGUGUUCCCAAGCGUCGAUAUGUGUGUCCACGACCUAGUCACAGAGACUGCUCAGGCUCAGCCGAAUUCUACCGCACUCUGUGGCCCGGAUACGACCUUGACUUAUCGUCAGCUGGAUCGUGCUUCCACUAAGACUGCUCUGCGACUACGUGAGAUGGGCCUAAUGGAAGGCCAAGUUGUGCCGAUUUGUUCAGAAAGGUCAGUGUAUGCACUGGUUGCCCUUCUCGGUGUCAGCAAGGCAGGUGGUACGGCGUUGAUGCUGGAUAACGCGCUGUCAGAGGAGCAACUUGGGCGAGUUAUCAAAGAGACAGGCUCCCAAGACUUGAUCAUCUUGUCCACUUCAAAACAAGGACUCGCAUCUGAACUCAGAACGAAAGUGGUGGUCUUGUAUCCCGGGUCAGACCUGAUGCAGCCGUCGGAUGCUUACGACAAGAACGCCUCUCCUAUCAAUGAGCAAUUGCCAGUGGUGGACCCUUCAUCCUGCUUCUCUAUCAUCCUGACAAGCGGAAGUUCAGGUUCCGUGAAGUACGCGACCCUGCAUCACCGCAAUGUGAGCAGUGCCAUUGUCAACCAAAAGAGCCUGCUACGACUAGACAAUACCAACAUUCUCUAUGAUGCCGCGAUAUCACACGCUUAUGGUGGCCUUAGAGCCUACUGGAGUGCUCUUCACGUACUCGCUGCAGGAGGUUCCCUGUGUGUCCCUAGCGAGGUUGAAGUCAAUACCGACCUGGAACAGAGCAUCAGCAGGUACGGCGCCACUGACAUCUUCAUAACGCCGGUGGCCGCUCGUACGCUUGACCCGGCAAAGACCGCUUCCUCGGCGACUUUGCGCAACAUCUAUCUGGGUGGCCAACAGGUAACGGCGCACGAUACCGUGCGCUGGUCUCCACAUAUUGAGAAUGUUUUUGUUGUCUAUGGAGUUGCUGAGUGCGCACCGGCUGCCGUGUACUUCAGGGCACAGGACGAAAAAGCGCCACCUUUACACUCAACUAUUGGCAGAGGUGUUGGAGUUUCCACCUGGAUAGUCGACAUGCAGGACAGCGAACGUUUGGUUCCCAUUGGUACUGUCGGAGAGCUGUAUCUGGAAGGACCCCUCGUGGGCCCAGGCUAUUUGCACAAUAACAACGACGAUGAGCAGCACGAUGCAGGAGUUGGCUUCAUCGACAGCCCACAAUGGCUUCUCGAGGGCUCUCCAGAUGGCAGUGUGCCUGGACGAAGGGCUCGAUUAUUUAAGACGGGAGACUUGGUAAGAUAUGAGCCUUCAACCGGCCAAGUUCUCUACGUUGGCAGGACAGAUGGACAGCACAUGCUGCGGGGCCAGAUGGUGCAUCUCGCCCAAGUUGAGCACCAUAUUCGGUGCUGCAUCAGCGCUGGCAGCUCACCAAAAUCACCACCUCCUUCUGUAGUGGCUGCCGAGAUUGUGGUCCCGGAGUCCAUCGGCAAACCUAUGCUGGUAGCCUUCAUCGCAGCGCCCACUCUAGCCAAAGGCCCAUGUCCAAUAUCAUUGUACGAGAUCCAAGCGAAGCUGCAGAGACAUAUGCCUUCUCACAUGGUUCCGGCUGGUUACUGUGUUGUUCAGUCCAUCCCCUCGCUGGUGAGCGGCAGGACGGACAGACGACGUCUGCGUGAGAUGGGGGCCAAACUGACCGCAGAUGAGCUGGCGGCCGGCCAGCAACGCCAGGCGGACGACAGUGCUCUGCCCACAACCGAUUCCGAGCUCCGCCUUCAACAACUGUGGUCGAAGCUGCUGGAAAUCCCGAUUGAUAGAAUUCUGAAAGAUAGCAGCUUCGUCCGCCUCGGUGGAGAUUCUGUCUACGCUAUGCGUCUGACUUCCCUCGCUCGCCGCAAGGGACUCUCCCUGACUGUGCAAGAUAUCCUACAACAUCCUCAGCUGUCUGAAAUGGCCAGAUCCAUGACCUUGCUGCCUUCGCCAGGUACGAAUGGUAGCUCUAGGUUGGCAGUUAGGCCCUUUUCACUCCUGAGACACCCUUCCAAGACAGCUACCGCGAUUGACCAGGUGGCAAGGCAUUGCGGCAUCGACGUUUCCCAAGUCGAGGACAUAUUCCCUUGCACAAGCGUGCAGAAGUCGCUACUAUCCAUGACCGCCAGGUCCGCCGGCUCCUAUGUUGCCAGGUACUCGCUGCGAUUACGCUCAGACAUUGAAAUCGCUCGCCUGAAGAAGGCCUGGGGAGAGGUCAGUCGGGUAGCUGCACCCAUUCUCCGCUACCGGAUUGUCGAUAUACCUGGCGAAGGUCUGGUCCAAGUGCAAAUCAAUGAGCCACUUCAGUGGGAUGAAUAUGACGAUAUUAACACUUACCUUGCAUCCGAGGAAACACGAUCGAUGGCUCUCGACACACCUCUCACGCGAUUGGCAGUCGUUCGUGAAGGAGACAAAGAGAAAUCCUGGCGGUGCUACAUCACCCAGCAUCACGCUAUAUACGAUGGCUACUCGGUUGGUCUACUCCUAGAAGAAGUGUCCAAGGCGUAUGCCGGUGUCAUGCAAAAUGAUGUGGCACAUGUGGCUACGUUCCAAGCCUUCAUUCAGCACAGUCUGAACGUGAAGCGCGACGAUGCUUUGGACUACUGGAAGCAACAAUUCGCAGGGUGCGAGGCAGCAUCAUUUCCUGCUUUGCCAAACCAAGACUAUCGACCCAAAGCUGACAGUACGAUCCGUCGCAAUAUGGCUGACCUUGAGUGGCAUGGGCACGGUUCGAAAUCCGCAGUCAUCAGGGCAGCCUGGGCCAUUCUGAUAGCGCACUACACGCGAAGCAACGAUGUGUUAUUGGGAGCCAUGGUGUCGGGGCGACAGGUGCCCUUGGCCGGCAUCGACCGCACGAUUGCGCCUCUCAUCAGUGCUGUACCCCUGAGGAUCAGGGUGGACCCCAAGGAGAACGUAGACAAGUUUCUUCAGACUAUCCAGGAGCAGUCAAUUGCAAUGACAACUUACGAACAAACGGAACUUCUCGACAUCCGCCGUGUCAGUCCAGAGGCAGAUGCUGGCACCCGCUUCAACACGUUGCUCGUGGUCAACCCACCUCAAGAACGCAACGGUAAUGCAAUGCAGCAAGGCCCGUUCGUCCAGCACGAGCCGGUGGGUGAUGUGUCCAACCGCGACGGGGACCUGGACGACUUCAAUCCGAAUGCCAUCAUGAUCAUGUGCCAUCUAGGUGACGCCAACCUUGGUCUAAGGCUAGACGUUAGCUUCGACUCCAACAUCGUGCCGGUGGUACAAAUGGAUCGGAUGGUUGCGCAGUUUGAGCAUGUGCUGCGCCAACUCAACGAUGCCACUGCCCUGCAACAGCCAGUCGAAAAUAUCAGUGCCGUCAGUAAGCAAGAUAUUGCGCAGCUCUGGGAAUGGAAUGCACCACUGCCUGAGGCGACGGCGAGAUGCGUCCACGACCUCAUCAGCGACACCAUGAAGCAGCAGCCUCAAGCCCCAGCCAUAUGUGCAUGGGACGGCAAUCUGACCUACUCUGAAUUGGACGCGAUCUCAGCUCGUCUAGCGCAGCAUCUAGUGGCCCUUGGCCUGGGCCCGGGAAGUAUUGUUCCUCUUUGCUUUGAGAAGUCGAUGUGGCACACAGUCGCAGCACUGGGAGUUAUGCGGGCCGGCGCGGCAUGUGUCGCCAUGGACUCAACGCAGCCAGAAACAAGGCUCCAGUCUAUCGUCCAACAGAUUAAUCCCAAGUUCAUCCUCGCUUCCGCUGCUAAUCAGGACCUGGCUCCGCGGCUCGCUUGCGAUCCCAUAGUUGUUAUUGUCUGCCAAGACACAAUUGCCCAUUAUGAUCAAGGAGUGCCAUCGACUGGCAGCCUCCCCGUCGCUUCUCCCUCCGAUAUGUUAUAUGUCGUCUUCACGAGCGGAUCAACAGGGGUGCCCAAAGGUAUCGUAACAACGCAUCAAAACUUUUCCUCGGCAGCCACGCACCAGAAGGAGGUGCUGCGCAUACGACCAGGCACCCGUGUCUUUGACUUUGUGUCGUACAACUUUGACGUCUCGUGGUCGAACCACCUGCAAACGCUCAUCUGUGGCGGAUGUCUAUGUGUGCCCUCGGAGCAGGAGCGUCGAGAUGAUAUUGCCAGCGCCUUCAAUCGCAUGGGAUGCGAUUACGCCUACUUCACCCCUUCAGUCGUCCAGUCUCUGGAUCCGUCAUUGUUUCCGGGCCUGCGCAUCUUGGCGAUGGGCGGCGAGCCCCUCCAGAGCCGCGAGGUGGCGCGAUGGCCUCAACUGGCUAAGGCUAGUGGUGGUAUUGUUGGCAUCUAUGGUCCAGCAGAGUGUGCCCAAGCCGUCUCUUUCAUGUCGCUGGAGGCCACCACUACCCACAACCAUGUUGGACACUCGUAUGGGGCCACGACGUGGCUCGUUGAGCCCGGCCGCCCUGACCGGCUUGCCGCCAUUGGCACUAUUGGUGAGCUCAUGAUAGAAGGCCCGACUGUGAGCAGCGGAUAUUUUGGAGACCCGACCAGAACCGAAGCAGCCUACAUUCAAGAUCCCGCCUGGCUCACGGAUGCAUCGACAGCGGGGCAUACAGGGCGUAAAGGCACCCUGUUCCUGUCGGGCGAUCUCUUGCGGUACAAUUCAGACGGGUCCUUGACUUUUAUGGGACGCAAGGAUGAUCUUGUCAAGCUCCGAGGCCAGCGAAUUGAGUUAGGUGAGGUUGAACAUCACGUCCGGACCUCUCUGCUCGACCCAAGCCUAUGCGCGGGAGGUAUCGCGGCCGAGAUUAUCACACCGUGCAACAGCACGAGCCCGCUUCUUGUCGUCUUCUUCGGCCUCGCGAGGCGGGGAGAGGAUGACUUAUCGCUGGAGAAGAGUGAUACUAGACUUUCCCAGGCUGCACAAGGUUUAGAAGACAAGCUGUGGCAGGUUUUACCUCAGUACAUGAUUCCAGGAGCCUACAUCCCCAUGGCCAACAUUCCAAUGACAUCAACUAACAAGACGGACCGCCGGGCACUGCGCAGCUAUGGGAGCUCACUAACAUUGGAAGAGCUCGCACGUAUUCAGCAGUCAACAGCAGGUAAAAGUCACUACCGCCCACCGUCGACAGCCAUGGAGACGCAACUGCAGGGGUUGUGGGCCGCUGCCUUGGAGAUAGAUCCCAAUAGCAUCAGUGCUGACAGCAGCUUCCUGCGCAUCGGGGGCGAGUCCAUCGCUGCCAUGCGCUUGGUGGCAAAGGCUAGAGAGAAGAAGCUGCCCCUCACUGUGAUGAACAUCUUCAAGACGCCGCGGUUGUCUGAACAGGCCCUGCUUCUCACUGAGAUGAUGAAGAAUAGCACUGAAGCGGACAUUGCAGACUCACAAUAUCCACCACUGCCGCCAUUUUCUCUGCUGAAGUCGUCUGGCCACAGCCCUGAGGCAUUCAUGGAGCAGUUUGUGACGCCCGUGAUCGACUGCAACAAUGGCACGGUCGCCGAUGUAGUCCCUGCCACCGACUUUCAGAGCCUCGCUGUCACACAGGCCCUACAGGACCCGCCAAGCCGAUACCCUCACUGGAUUCUCGACCUGCCAACUGACACCGACUUUGCAGGUCUGGAGCAUGCCUGCGUCGAGCUAAUCAGCCGUUUCGACAUCUUACGUACCGUCUUUGUCGAAGGACCCAGUGGCAGACUUUGGCAGGUCAUCCUGAACAACUUCAAUCCGUCCUACACGCAGUUCGAUGCCGCAAUAGAGCAGGGCGAUGCUGACGUCGCAGUGUUCACCGACUCGGUCUGUGAGCAGGAUUUGCUCACCCAGCCCCGGCGUCUCGGCCAGUCUUUUGUCCGCUUCAUCGCAAUCAGGGACCGUCGCUUGGGCUUGCACAAGCUCGUCUUCAGGAUCUCGCACGCCCAGUUCGAUGGCUUCAGCUGGCCGACCGUCCUUCAGACGCUUUCUCAGAUCUACUGCAGCAGCAGUGGGGAAGGAAAGGCUGUGACACCCACAUUCGCCCAAUACAUGGCUUUCAUCAGUUCUAGAAGAGACGAAAGUAUGCGGUACUGGGCCUCCAGACUGCAAGGGUCCGCCUAUCCGCACUGGAGCAACACAGGCCCGACGGAUAAGGUGUACUCUACGGAGGAUCGGUUGACAGUAGAGCAGUGCAUGCCUAUGCCAAACAUGGCCUCAUAUGACGAUCGCAUCUCGACGGCGACGUUGUUUCACGCUGCCUGUGCGUUGGCACUGUCCCGCACGUUCAAGCAGCGGGAAGUAGUCUUUGGGCGACUGGUCACCGGCCGCACCGCACUGCCGGAAUCUUUGCAAACCGUGGUUGGGCCGACUAUGACAGAGGUUCCCAUAAGAAUCAUUGUGGAUGAAGACAACGGGAGCCAAAACAAUCUGGCGACCAUGGCAGCCAAGUUGCAGGACCAGCUUUUGGAGGAUUCGAAAUACGAGAUGGUCGGGAUGGUCGAGAUCGCGACUUGCUGCACUGAGUGGGAAGCUGGUGCUGUGGACUUCGGCUGGAGAACUUCGUUCCAGCAGCAGAGUGACGAGGAUGACGGCUCAGGCUUUCGGUUCCUCGGAGUUCCAAGCCGUCUGUCUGUGUACCAGCGAGAUAUGCCGGCCCGCUCCCGACCAGAGGUUUACGCCACGCCUACAGCAGACGGCAUGUUGCGCCUGGAAGUUGAGGCUAACGCCAGCCUCGUAUCCAAGCACGUGGUCUCAGCUUUUCUAGCAACACUUCAAGACAUACUUUUGGGUAACUGGAGGCACAGUUAG